GACCGUUUUAGUCAUUCGCCAUCACAGAUUUCUGUUGCGUGUAUUCGUACUGAGACACAUUUGAUCACUAUGUCUGGACGUGGUAAGGGAGGCAAGGCCCGUGCAAAGGCUAAGAGCCGAUCAUCCCGUGCAGGGCUUCAGUUCCCUGUCGGCCGUGUGCACCGUUUCCUGCGCAAGGGCAACUACGCCGAGCGUGUCGGUGCCGGCGCCCCGGUCUACCUGGCCGCCGUGCUGGAGUACCUGACCGCUGAGAUCCUCGAGUUGGCCGGCAACGCUGCCCGUGACAACAAGAAGACCAGGAUCAUCCCCCGUCACCUUCAGCUGGCCGUCCGUAACGACGAGGAGUUGAACAAGCUUCUGUCCGGCGUGACCAUCGCCCAGGGAGGUGUGCUGCCCAACAUCCACGCCGUGCUCCUGCCCAAGAAGACUGCCGCCAAGUCCAGCUAGAUCAUUCCUUCGAGAACUGAUCCCGGCCCUUUUCAGGGCCACCCACUUCCUCAAAAGAGAGCUAUAACAAUCACGGUUUCAAACAGUACUUGCUGUUGACAUUUGCCUUGGUAGUCUGGUGUAUUGUGUCGUGCCGACGAAUGAUGGAAAGUUGGGGCUAGCUUCUUAAGUAAACGCCCUUUAUGCAGGUCAUGGGCGAGGGCUUUUCAACAUUAUCACCUCCAUAGGAGGACAUGGAUGAAACUGCCUAGGCAUAGGGUGGGCAGGGUAGUACGCAAAGGCCACAUGGUCUGGUAGAUCAAGCAAGUUUUGGCUCAACAACAGGCUAUUUUUUUCUUGGCUAUACCAGUUAUGGUAAGUGAUGCCAGUCCAAGGCCGUUCCGCAUCAUGUUUUUUUUUCUAUAAAAUGAUGUGUACUUUCACAACACACCCGAGGAUUUUCAAUAAAGAUCUUGUUUUUAAAUGA